AUGGAGCAGACUGAGAAAUCAGGAGUCUGUGCUGUGAAAGGACCCUUAGAAAAGAUGAAACUUUACCUUUCAAAGAAACCACUGCCAUCUCCCAGUGACCGAAAGAAGUUUGACUAUGACUUUGCCAUGUCCACCUCCUUUCAUGGGGUACACAAUAUCGUUCAGAACCGCAGCAGAGUUCGCAAGAUCAUCUGGUUGGCAGUGGUGCUGGGCUCGGUGUCACUUGUGGUUUGGCAGAUCUACAGUCGCUUGGUUAACUUCUUCAUGUGGCCAACCACGACGUCAAUAGAGAUGCAAUACGUGGAGAAGAUCGAGUUCCCAGCUGUGACAUUUUGUAACUUGAACAGGUUCCAAACAGUUGCUGUAGCUAGAUUUGGCAUUGUUAUUUUCUUAUGGGAUAUGGUCUCCAAAGUUCUCCAUAUUCAGGAAAUCAGAAUCAAUUCCACCAAACCUGAGGAGGCUGCUCAUUUCAUUACUAGUCACCAAAACUUCAGCAUCACAGACUUUGUGAAGAACAAUGGUUUUUAUCUUGAUAAUAGCACUUUGUUGGACUGUGACUUUUUUGGAAUGCCAUGUGGCCCAAAGGAUUUUAAACAUGUCUUCACUGAGUAUGGAAAUUGUUUUACAUUUAAUCAUGGUGAAAAUAUCCAAGGGAAGAAAAAAGUGAGUGUUUCUGGAAGAGGCUUAAGAUUGCUCUUCGAUGUCAAUCAGGAGUUGUUCACUGAUAAACCAUCCCUUGGCUUUGGCGAUGCUGGGAAUUUUGCUAUCCACUCACCCAAGAAAGAGCCAAAGUUUGAAGGUCUGGGCCUGUCUUCCCCUGUUGGAAUGCAUGCCCGCGUGACAAUCCGCCAGUUUAAGACGGUCCAUCAAGAGUACCCUUGGGGAGAAUGCAACCCUAACAUGAGGCUGCAGAACUUUCCUAGCUACAGCACUUACGCUUGUUUGAAAGAAUGCAAGGCCCACCACAUAAUAAACCGAUGUGGAUGUUUGCCUUUCCUGCUUCCAGGAACUGGGAUAGAAUGUGACCUUCAAACACACUACAACUGUGUUUCUCCUAUCCUUG